GGCACCGUGCGCGCGGGGCCGGGCGGGCGGGCGCAGACAUUCAACUCGGACGCGGCGCCAUGCGCGGGCCGCUUGCCUGGCCGCUGCGCCUGCUCGUGAGGCGGGGCCCGCUCACCUUCGCGUGGACCCCGGCCGCCCGCGCCCCCGUGUCCCGGCCGCUGCCGACCGGCCUGGGGCCACCGCGGCUUUGGUGCGCCGGGCCCGGCCCCCUGGGGGAUGCGGGAGCCGCGCGCAGCCUGCGCUGCUGGGCGAGCAGCUGCCCGGGCGGGGGUCCCGGCGGCGGAGCGGGUCUGGCGCGGCUUCUGCAGCUGCGGGCGCGGCCCCCCGGGACCCCCCGCCUCCCGCGCGCCCUGCUCUCCGGCGGCCCAGCCGGCGGCGCCCGCGCGGGGGGCGAGGCCUGGCGGCGCGGACAGACGGUGCCUGCGGCCGCGGCGGCUCCGAGGGACGACUCGCGGCUGCGCCCCGCGGCGGCCGGGCGCUCGGAGGCCCAGAAGCUGCUGGGGCUGGCGUACCCCGAGCGCCGGAGACUAGCAGCCGCGGUCGGCUUCCUGGCCGUGUCCAGCGUCAUCACCAUGUCGGCGCCCUUCUUCCUGGGGAAGAUCAUCGACGUCAUUUACACCAACCCCACCGGGGACUACAGCAGCAGCCUCACCCGCCUCUGCCUGACGCUCAGCGGCGUGUUCCUGUGCGGAGCGGCGGCCAACGCUGUCCGUGUCUACCUCAUGCAAACCUCAGGGCAGCGCAUCGUGAACCGGCUGCGAGCCUCCCUGUUCUCCUCCGUCCUGAGGCAGGAGGUGGCUUUCUUCGACAAGACCCGCACAGGCGAGCUGGUCAACCGCCUGUCCUCGGACACCGCGCUCCUGGGCCGCUCGGUGACGGAAAACCUCUCGGACGGGCUCAGGGCCGGGGCCCAGGCCUCCGUCGGGAUCGGCAUGAUGUUUUUUGUCUCGCCUCAUCUGGCCACCUUUGUUUUGAGUGUGGUGCCUCCAAUAUCCAUCCUCGCCGUGAUUUAUGGACGCUACCUGCGGAAACUGACCAAACUCACUCAGGACUCCCUGGCACAAGCCACUCAGCUAGCCGAGGAACGCAUUGGAAAUAUCAGAACGGUCCGCGCUUUCGGGAAAGAAAUGACUGAAAUCGAGAAAUACACCAGCAAAGUGGACUUUGUGAUGCAGCUAGCGAGGAAGGAGGCGAUUGCUCGGGCCGGCUUCUUCGGAGCAACCGGGCUCUCCGGGAACCUGAUCGUGCUCUCCGUGCUGUACAAAGGCGGGCUGCUCAUGGGCGGCGCCCACAUGACCGUGGGGGAGCUCUCCUCCUUCCUCAUGUACGCUUUCUGGGUUGGACUGAGCAUCGGAGGUCUGAGCUCGUUCUACUCGGAGCUGAUGAAAGGACUGGGCGCCGGGGGCCGCCUCUGGGAGCUCCUGGAGAGGAAGCCGGAGCUGCCUUUCAAUGAGGGGCUGACCUUGAACGAGAAGAGCUUCCAGGGUGCUCUGGAGUUCAGGAACGUGCACUUCACCUACCCGGCUCGCCCAGAGGUGCCCAUCUUCCAGGACUUCAGCCUCUCCAUCCCCUCGGGGUCCGUCACGGCGCUGGUCGGCCCCAGUGGUUCUGGCAAAUCCACGGUGGUCUCCCUCCUGCUGCGGCUGUACGACCCCCUUUCAGGGACCAUCAGUCUGGACGGUCGUGACAUCCGCCAGCUGAACCCCGUCUGGCUGAGAUCCAAGAUCGGGACAGUCAGUCAGGAACCCAUUUUGUUUUCCUGCUCAAUCGCUGAGAACAUUGCUUACGGGGCAGAGGACCCUUCUGCGGUGACGGCCGAGCAGGUGGAGAAGGUGGCGGAAGUCGCCAACGCAACGGCCUUCAUCCGCAGCUUCCCGCAGGGGUUCAGCACCGUGGUCGGAGAGAAGGGCGUCCUCCUCUCAGGUGGGCAGAAGCAGCGGAUCGCCAUCGCCCGGGCACUGCUGAAGAAUCCCAAAAUCCUUCUCCUGGAUGAAGCAACCAGCGCAUUGGAUGCUGAGAACGAGCACCUGGUGCAGGAAGCUCUAGACCGGCUCAUGGAAGGAAGGACGGUGCUGAUCAUUGCCCAUCGUCUGUCCACCAUCAAGAACGCUCACAUGGUGGCUGUUCUCGACCGAGGGAAGAUCACCGAAUGUGGGAAGCAUGAAGAGCUGCUUGCCAAACCGGACGGGACAUACAGGAAACUAAUGAACAAACAAAGCUUCGUUUCGGCGUAAAGAAGCAAUUGCUGGCAAAGUGAAUACGAGAGACUUUUAAGACAUAACAGCACUGCAGGGGGUAUUUUCUUAGAGAUGGUAUGGAAUCUGUAAAUCGUCCUUCGAGUUCUUUGAAAUAUGCCUAUUUUUCCCAAAGUAUAUAAACUAUUGUUUGGAGAUGAACCUGUUCUCAAGACUUUUACAGUCAGAGUUUUAAUAAUUAUAACUUUCUAAAUGUCUAUAGCACUGAAGUUAUUUUCAGGUUUUGUACUUUAUUUUAUCUUGGAAUAUUUUCAUACAGCAUGGCACCUCAUUUUAUUUUUACCUGCUGUUCGAGAUGGAAGCUAUUGUCAAAUGACAACUUUAAAAGGGAAUUAUAAAUUAAAAAGCCUAGUUAUUUUAGGCCAGUUUGCCAAUCACUGUGUAAUUCUCGUGGUAGCGUUCUGCCCUCUUGGGUCGAAUGGUACCGGGUUGUGUCAUGGAAGAUGAAAACCUCGCCGUUUAUUUUAUCCUCAUGCUCAUGGAGUGCACCUGGGUGUCAUACACACAGAGCUGUGUGUGUGUAUGACACACACACACACACACACACACACACACACUAGCAACAGAGCUAGUGACUGUCUCCUGGCGAGAAGGGGGCGUUUACAAUCUCCCUCCCCUGCAUCUUCAGAGUGUUUGAGAGCUCAGGCGGCCGUGUCCCUCUGGGCCGAGGCUGUGUGUGGGUGUGUGUGGUGUUUAACAUUUUGGGCCCAGGAGAGCCUGAUGGGUUUGAAAAGGGGGAGAAGCAACCCCAUCUUGGCCUAGGAAAACUUCCAUUUGCAUUGCUCACAUAUUUCUUUCCGUGAGCCCCAGGGAAAGAGGCGUGGACUGCCAGGCGUCAUCAAGAAAUGUAAAGAUGAAUUUUACAUGAUGUUGUCUAAGGCAUGUUCUGAAAAUUUAUUUUAAACACGUAUAAGCCCUAACCCAAAUGUUACGGCCUGUUCUCAGUUAUUUAAAUACAUUUGAAAUGUCAUCGAAUGAGGCUAAAAUCUGAAUAAUGUAGCUAUAAUUUUCAACCUUAAAACAUUUGAAGAAAGUUUAGACAUUCUUGCUAUUCUACAGAAUACCAAGAAACCUUAAGAACUUGUCAGUCUUCUGAAAAGAGGACGUUAAUAACUCUUUUUCUUCUACUUAUGACUAUAGCUUCAUUCACCUGAACACCUCAGAAUUCCUAAAGCAGUGCUGACAGCCACCAGAUUUGCCAAAUUUCCUGUCAGUGCUGAUCAUUUGCUCUUGCCUCAAGAAAAAGUACUUUUUUUCUGCAUUGGUGACAGCAGACCUAAGAAGUAACUACGUUGAGAUAAGUAAGAUGGAAGUUUCCUCCUGUACUAAGCAAUCCUUAGCUCCCUGGUUAGACUGGAAGAAGAAUCCACAAUUCCAUGAUAAGCAUGGAGACAUAUAUUUCCUUCUACAUCAGGGAAUUCAUUCAUGAAUACGUGAACUGUGUGUUUGGAUUGGUGAGCAGUACAUCUGUCACCAUCAUUUGGACAGACUUCACUUGUCCUGGCUCAGUGCGCUGUGACAGUGUGGUUGAGCAGCUACAGAGCUGGGCGCAAGGGAAGUCUGCCAUAGAAGGACUCACAAAACUGAACUUGAUCAUUAUGUGUCGUUUAUCUAACACAAGAUGUUCAGCGUGUGUUUAGGUAACAUUUAUAUCAUGGAUUAAAAUUUAUAGUGAACUUUA